UCACUAUUAUCCAUCACCAAAAUUCCAUAAAUACUCUCUUUAUGUGACAAACUUAUAUAUGCAUUCAUAAUAUUGUUGAAGAAACCUAUCUCAUGAUGGCAAAAAUACAUCCAAAUAGAUCAGUGAGUAGCUCCUCUCUCUCUUCGUCGGAGAAGGAGAGAGAAACAUUCAUAGUGUGGAUGAAAUCUCUGGUGUUCCAUGGAAACGGCUGCACUGUGUUCAACUCAGGAGGUGAAGUCGUUUUCCGUGUCGAUAAUUAUCAGCAAAAAUGCAGCAGAAAAGUCUAUCUCAUGGAUUCAAGUGGCAAAACAUUGUUCUCUAUGUAUAGAAAGAAACUAUAUUUUUUUGGGUUUUGGGAAGGUUUUAAACACUCAAAAGGUGGCAAAGAAGAGAAGAAAUCAUGGUUUAAAGUGAGGAGAAAUCACACAAUUUUUGGGGGAGAAAUUUCGUGUCGUGUUGUUCUUAAAUUGGAGGAAAAUAGUGAAAGUUAUUAUAGAAUCAUAGGAUUGGAAGGGAAAGCUUCACUCAAGAUUGUAGAUGAAUUUUCAGGCCACCUUCUUGCUGAGGCAGUUCAAAAGCAAUCACCAGAAGGAAUUCCAUUGGGAAAUGAUGUGCUUACACUAAUGGUGGAAUCAAAUGCUGAUCAAUCUCUAAUUAUGGCUCUUGUCACCAUCUAUGGUUUGAUCAAUAAUAGGAUGUAAACAUGUGUAUAUAAAUACAAAGUUUUAUGUGGAAAUUAGAAGAGAAAUUCACGUAGAGAUGAUCGAUUAGGGUUUUGAAUAGGGAAAAGGUUUUAUAUAUUUUGUAGUGUUCAUGUAUUAAUAUAUGUAUUUCCUAAUUAAUAAACAAUAUUGUAUACU